AUGUUACGAGUGCCGAGACCAGGCGGUUAUCUGCCGCGGCGACGUGGUUUUUGCACUCUAUUCCUCAUGAUCUUCGUGUUGUCAUCAAUACUAAUAUCAUGUAUUACCCGUACGAAUUGGGCACUCGGAGCGAAUCCUAAACAUGCAAAGCCGGUGUUGAAUUCUUUCGCUUAUCAACUCAUGCCCCAUUUGAAUGACCAUCCAUCCAGUCUGAAACCCGUAUUCCUGAUGAACGGCACUCGGCAGAAUUGUGAUGUGGUUAUCGGGAUUCCAACUGUACACAGAGAUAAAGAAUCCUAUAUUGUAACGACGCUUACGAGUGUAAUCCAUGGUAUGUCUGAUGAGGAGAGGGAUAAAAACCUUAUCGUGGUUUUGAUUGCUGAAAUACACAUGGACUACGUCCGUCCAUUAGUGGAAAAAAUCGCAAAUACGUUUAAAGAAUUCAUUUCUAGCGGUCUUGUCGAAUUGGUAGUACCAUCUCCUUUUUAUUAUCCGGAUUUUGAGAAUUUACCUUCGAACUUCGGCGAUUCCAACAAACGCGUUAUGUGGCGCACAAAACAAAAUCUCGACGUCUUGUAUACCAUGGCCUAUGCACGCUCUAGAGGAACCUAUUACCUAAUGCUUGAAGAUGAUAUUACUGUUAAGGAGAGGUUCAUCGAGCAAAUUUUGGAAUUUGCUAAGGACAAAACUAUUUCAAAUCCUGAUUGGUAUGUGCUCGAAUUCUGCAACAUCGGCGGUAUUGGGAAAUUGUUUAAGACAUCUGAUCUGAUUUACUUCAUGACUUACAUCCAACUGUUUUACAAACAAAUGCCCAUUGAUUGGCUUCUUGAGAGUUACAUUGCUGACAGCUCUUGCUCUCUCGACAGGACCACGGGUAAUAAUGCACCCGAUCCGCUAUUCUUUCCUCACGACAACCCGGCUGUGGAACGAGUUUUUACCGAUAUACAAAUAUUCAGGAAUCAUACUCCUAUGAAAGCAUAUGAAGGAGAAACUUUCUUCUGGGGAAUGAAGCCGGCAAAAGGAAGCGUUGUGGAAUUUUGGUUUAGGGAGCCCACUAAUGUUGUCAGAUAUACAUUCCGAAGCGGCAAUGUUAUGCAUGAAAGGGAUAGAUUUUACAACGCCGUAGUAGAAGCUCUUCCGAUUAGGAAACGAAAGUUUGUGGUGGUGGAUACGUUUGAUGAAUUCGGUUUUGCCAGUGGGAACCUGAGUCUUGGACCGUUGGUCGCUAUUAGAAUUAGAGUUACAAGAAGCAGCAACUACUGGGUAAUUCUAUCUGAGAUUGAAAUUGUACCUCGUGUACGACAAACAUCUAAGGAAGGGAAAGCAGUUGCAAACGCUUAA